AUAUCAUGAAGUAAACAACGUACCAUGCCGUUGGCCAUGCGUUAGAUAAAACUUUAAAAAUUUACUUGUACACAUAUUUUGUUUCUGAUUGAAAGUUACUCAUACAUGACAUUGCUGUCUUAUUACGAAUAACGAUGCAAGUUUCAAAUGCGAACAAUGUUAAAAUCUAUAACCUCAGUGCAGGAAAAUCAUUGCCGGAGUGGCUGACGGACAGGCAAAGAAGGAAAUUACAGAAUAAAGAUGAUGAUAUUCGGAGGAGGUUGGAACUAAUUCAAGACUUUGAAAUGCCAAGUGUCAGCAACUGUGUAAAAAUUUCUCCAGAUGGGCAGUUCAUAUGUUCAGCAGGAACGUAUAAACCGCGCUUUCGAUGCUAUGAUGUUCAUGAGCUGUGCCUGAAAUUUGAGCGAGGGCUUGAUGCUGAAGUGGUUAAUUUUCAAUAUUUGUCAGAGGACUACAGCAAGGUAUGCUUUUUACAAGAUGACAGAUAUGUGGAAUUUCAUACACAGUUUGGAAGAUUAUUCCGUAUGCGGAUUCCCAAAUAUGGCCGAGACCUGUCAUACUACCCACCGUCCUGUGAUAUGUACUUUGUAGGUGUAAGCUCUGAGAUUUAUAGAAUCAACCUUGAAAAGGGAAGAUUUAUGAAGCCACUUGAAACAUCUGGGGUAGAAUUCAACUGUUGUGAGUUCAACCCCACCAACUAUGUGUUCGGUUGUGGGUCAAAAUCAGGUCAUUUUGAGUGCUGGGAUCCCAGGUCCAGGACGAGAAGUGGCAUCCUGGACGUGGCUACGAGCAAAUUUGUUGAGGAGUACGAUAUCAACACAGUCCCUGAGAUCUCAGCCAUGAAAUUUCGAAGUGAUGGGUUGACAGUGGCACUGGGAACAAGCACAGGACAUGUGCUAUUGUAUGAUUUGAGAGCGAUGAAACCUUUCUUAGUGAAAGAUCACAAUUAUGAGCUCCCUAUCAAAUCCAUUGAUUUUCAAGAUGGACAAGAUCUUGUACUUUCUAUGGAUACAAAAAUAUUGAAAAUGUGGAACAGAAAUAAUGGAAAGCAUCUGACUGCCAUUGAACCAGGAGUGAACUUGAACCAGCUGUGUACCUAUCCAGACUCAGGGUUGCUCUUUCUGGCCAAUGAGGCUCCCAAGAUUCUCACCUAUUUCAUACCCAGUAUUGGCCCUGCCCCACGAUGGUGCUCCAGUUUAGAUGGCAUGACAGAAGAGUUGGAGGAGAAGGAAGAAAACACAGUGUAUGAUGAUUACAAGUUUGUAACGAGAACUGAGCUGGAAGAACUCGGUCUGGGGCAUUUGAUAGGAACAAACCUGCUUCGAGCUGUGAUGCAUGGUUUCUUUAUCGACAUUAGGUUAUAUCACAAGGCUAAAUCCAUUGCUGAUCCAUUCGCUUUUGACAAGUACAGAAAGUCGAAAGUACGAGAAAAGAUUGAAGAGGAGAGGACAAGUCGGGUCAAGCUCAAGAAAUUGCCUAAUGUCAACAGAGAGCUAGCACAAAAGUUGAUGGAGGAAGAUGAGGCACAAAAGGCAAAUCCCAGAAAACGUGAGAACAAGGCUGUGAACAGCAUCCUGAAAGACGACAGAUUCUCUGCCAUGUUCAAUAACCCAGACUUCCAGAUUGAUCCGGAGUCUGAAGAAUAUCGGCUCAUCAACCCUGUCAUGUCAAAAUUGGACAAGGCAAGAAAGAAAAGAAAUGAGAAGGAUGCAUUGAGAAAACAGUUCAAGGAAGUUGAGGGAGAGGAUGAACUCGAAGGCCGUCCCAGUGAUGAUGAAGACAGCAGUUCUGAUGAUGAAAGAACAUGGACGGAGGAAGUGAAACAGCAGCACCGAAAGCUACAAAGAGAAAAGAAGGCAGAGGAACAAAAUCGCAGAAUGGAAGAAAGGAAGCAGGCCAGGCUAUUUGAAAUCAAGGAUGGGGAGGAACUUGGAGUCAAAAGAGAUAGCAACAAGAAAAAAGAAGCCAAGAAAUCACUUGCUGAUCGGCUCAGAAUAGCUGAAGAAGAUGGCGUUACUCGUGCGGAAGGGUCUCUUGGAAACAGGGAAAUGACGUUUUCUCUGAAGAAGGAGAAGAAAGUGAGUACAGCUGUUCAACAGAGGAAUCUUCAUCAGUCAGAGCGAAGGAAGCUGAAGAGAGCAGCUGGAAGUUUGUUAGAGAAACCAAAGACUAAGUUUUGGAUGGGGAAGAAAGUGAAAUGAGCAGAGUCUGUGGAAGAAAAAAAUUGUAUGUGCGAGUCACAGUGAGGAGUUAGAUUGUCGUGAGUUGUAUAUAGAUUGUGUGUGUGUGUGUUAUGGAAAAGUACUGAGGAUGCUCGUUUGUUGGAAUGUAGGGUGAAACUGAAUGUGGUUUGCUUGGUUACUGUUAAGUGUAAAAAAGUACAAAUUCCUCAUAAUGAAUAUCUUUAAAGUGCCCUGUGUGACAAGAAAAGAGGUUAACCAGAAAUUAAAGGUGAAGAGCUC